UAAAUCAAAACCCCACCUUUCUUCUCCUUCAUCGUCUCACUACCAAGUCCCAAGUUUCCCAUAUUCACUUUCUCUUUCCCCACCAAAAAAAAACAACCCCAAAUUGUCACAAUGCAAAUUUUCGUGAAAACCCUAACUGGGAAAACCAUAACCCUAGAAGUGGAAUCCUCCGAUACAAUCGACAACGUCAAAGCCAAGAUCCAAGACAAAGAGGGAAUCCCACCGGACCAGCAACGCCUGAUCUUCGCCGGGAAGCAAUUAGAGGAUGGAAGAACACUCGCCGAUUACAACAUUCAGAAGGAAUCGACCCUUCACUUGGUGCUCCGUCUUCGUGGUGGGACUAUGAUUAAGGUCAAAACCCUAACUGGGAAGGAAAUCGAGAUUGAUAUUGAACCAACUGAUACUAUUGAUCGUAUUAAGGAGCGCGUGGAGGAGAAAGAAGGUAUACCACCUGUUCAACAGAGGUUGAUUUAUGCUGGGAAGCAGCUUGCCGAUGAUAAGACUGCUAAGGAAUAUAAUAUUGAAGGGGGUUCUGUUCUUCACCUUGUUCUUGCUCUUAGAGGAGGUGCUGCUUCUGCUUAAAUUUAUGAUCUUUUAUCGAAUUUGAGAGACGAUUCUGUGAAGGGUUUAUUGGGGAAAUAUAAAAAAUUAUGUGAAUUUUGAGUUUUAGGAUUUUAGUUAUGUGGAUUGUUAUUGUUGUGGUACUGUUGGAAAUUCAACUGCUACGGACUAAUUAAUGGUUAUUUUAGUUA